AUUAUUUUUCACAAUGACGAUGAGUAUUAAUCAAGUUAUCCAUAAAAAUAUCGAGCCAGGGGUAAUAAAUAAUGAGAUUCUUAUGAAAGCACUUUUGGAGCAGGGCCCGCAAGGUGAAUCUGGCAGACUUUAUAAGGAAGACAAUAUUAAUUUUGAAGAAGUCAAGAGUAUACGAUUGGAAUUUUUGAAUAUUCUAAAAAUAGAUCAUCUUUGGAUGUUCACAUCGUUGACCAAACUGAAUCUUUCAAAUAACAUAAUAGAGGAAAUUGAGAAUAUAGAAAUGCUAGUCAAUUUAAAGGAACUUGAUCUUUCUUUUAAUUACAUAACAAAGAUAGCAAAUUUGAGCACUUUGGUCAAUAUAGAAGUUUUAUCACUUUAUCAAAAUUUUAUUACUGACAUUGAGAAUAUAGACUCUCUUAAGAAACUGACUAUUUUAAGUAUAGGCAAUAAUGAAAUUGAAGACGGACCGAGUAAUAUACUGUAUUUGAGGCAAUUUCCUUGCUUGCGUUCUCUGAACAUGGCUGGAAAUCCUUGUUCUAGAGCAGAUGAUUUUAACAGUUUUCUGACUGCAUUUCUUCCAAAUCUUAAAUAUUAUGAGUAUCGUUUGAUUCGUCCAGAAGAACGUCAAGCUGGGAUGAAACAACAUGGACGAGAUUUGGAAAAACUAAUGGAAAGAGAGGCUGAUCAAAAGCAGCAAGAAGAUGCAAAGGCUGCUGAGGAAGCUGACCACGAAUUUUACAAAAAAUGUUACGUAGAAUAUCUAAACGGCCACCAAUUUUUCUUAUCUCUUUUUACAUAUGAUGUUGAAGGCCAAGCAUUGUUGAAAAUUGGAGAAUCUGUCCAAGAUGUCUAUAAUGAAUAUCAAGAUAAUAUGUAUCUGAUCACCCAGCAAAUAUUUAAGUUUGGUCAAAAACAGCAUCAUAUUCGAGAAGAAGAAACUAAACAAUUUCAUCGUUGUAUACAGGAGACAAAAGACAAAAACCAGGCUGAAAGCCAAGAAGCAACAAUGAAUUUUAUGAAGGAACGAGAUCGAAUAUUUGGUAAAAUGAGAACAAUGAUUAAAACUUUAGAAGACAGCCCAGAAAUCCGUCGAUCAGAGUUCACUCAAAUGGCUCAACAAUGUACUGAUGAGUUUAAGAAGUUAAUGGAGAAUGCCUGGAGCACCCUCAUGGAAAUUGAACAAAUCCUUUUUGAAGGAAUCGAUGAAGCAAAUACCACAUUUGGCCAUAACAUGGAAGAAAUGGUCACCAUUUUCAUAGAGGGUUGUCAAGGAUAUUUUGUCCAAGCACGUGAAGCAGAAGUGAACUACUCAGGCCAAGUCAGUGAAAUUGCAUUGAAUUAUUUAACACAAAUUGAGACUCAAGGUCCUGAUCCAGAUAUGGCAGAAGAUUUAAAAAAUAUUAUGGCAGAAAAAGAUGCUGUUAUAAAUGCAAUAGCUGGUUCUCAUGAUGUUCAUAUGCAAGCUAUAGAUGCAAGGGAAGAUGUUUUAAUGCAACGAAUUAAAACAUGGCUUAAUUCAUUAAAAGAUACUUUGAAAAGAGAUGAAAUUGCCAGAGAUAGACUUAAAGUACUUGAAAUAAAUCAUUUUCUUGACAUACAAAGAGAAGAAUUUGAAUCAAUACAAGCACAUUUUAACAUUCCAAUAGUUUUGGAUGAAAUAGUGGACGCAGUCAAUAAAUCAAACAUCCAAUAA